AUGGGCAUUCCUAUCAAUGGGAAUCCUGCAUUUGGAUUACGACAGGUCUCGACAACUGCAGCAAAUGCACUCCAAACCGCUGAACCUGUAGGGAACUGGGACUCUUCAGACAAGGAAUGGGAGGAGGAUACUUGGGAAUACUUGCUGACACAAGAUGAUAACUUGUUGGAAAGUCUUUGGGCGUCGCUACAAGACAUCAAGGAUCCCGGCGUGACUUAUGAAGGGUGGAACUCAUUUGUGCAGAAGAAGAAAUGA